AUGGCGAUGAUGAUGACUGGCCGUGUGCUGCUGGUGUGUGCCCUCUGCGUGUUGUGGUGCGGUGCCGGCUGUGGUUUUGGUGAUGAAGAGGAGGGUACGGCACUUGUUGUCGUUUCGCCUGGUGGUCGUUCGAAUGACGGUAAAGGCGGGCCGGGAUCAGCACCACCUUCACCGCCAGGAACAGGCACAUCAGGUCCACGAUCAAUAGUACCCGAAAGUCAAGGAUCACAAGAAAGAAUUGCGGGAACAUCUUCAGAAGAAAGAGAAGAAAAAAAUUAUCAAAACAAAGAUGAAGAAGAGGAAAACGUUGCAGAAGAUGGUGAAAAUUCAAGACAUCAAAAAAGGCUUUCAGAGCAGCCAACACAAAAAGAAGAAUCUCACGAAGAAACUCCAGAAGAAAAGGGACCGAAAAAGAGAAUAGAAGAAGAAAAAGAUGUGCCUCCUCCAGGAGAGGAAGGAAUAAAAGGGACACAACAGUCACAAUCGCAACAACCACCGCCAAAACAAUUGCAGGUACAAAUAACAGCACCGGCAGGAAGAGGAGGCCCAACUGCACCAACAGGGCCAGCACGACCACCAGCACCCGCAGAAACAUCAUCAAUGGAUGGAAGUCAAACAAUAGAACCAACAGAUUCACGGAAUCCAUCACAAUCAACGCAUGAUAAGUCACCGUUCAAACCAAAAA